AUGAAUGCCAGUGGCCCUGGCUAUCCCUUAGCCUCUCUCUAUGUGGGAGACCUGCACCCAGAUGUGACUGAAGCCAUGCUGUAUGAGAAGUUCUCCCCUGCUGGGCCCAUCAUGUCCAUCCGAGUGUGUCGGGAUGUGGCCACCCGCCGGUCACUGGGCUAUGCCUACAUCAACUUCCAGCAGCCUGUGGAUGCUGAGCGAGCCCUGGACACCAUGAACUUCGAGGUGAUCAAAGGCCGACCCAUCCGCAUCAUGUGGUCUCAACGGGACCCUGGGCUCAGGAAAUCAGGAGUUGGAAACAUUUUCAUCAAGAACCUGGAUGACUCCAUUGAUAACAAAGCCUUGUAUGACACAUUCUCUACCUUUGGAAACAUCCUGUCAUGCAAGGUGGUUUGUGAUGAAAACGGAUCCCGUGGCUAUGGCUUUGUCCACUUUGAGACACACGAGGCAGCAACUCGGGCCAUUGAGACCAUGAAUGGGAUGUUGCUCAAUGACAGGAAGGUGUUUGUUGGACACUUCAAAUCCCGCAAAGAGCGCGAGGCAGAGGUUGGAGCUAGGGCAAUAGAAUUCACCAAUGUCUACAUCAAAAACUUUGGGGAUGACAUGGAUGAUGACAGACUGAGGGAAAUAUUCUCCAAGUUUGGGAAGACGCUGAGUGUCAAGGUCAUGACAGACAGCAGUGGCCGCUCCAAGGGCUUCGGGUUCGUCAACUUCGAGAAGCACGAAGAAGCCCAGAAGGCCGUGGCUGACAUGAACGGGAAGGAGCUCAAUGGGCGAGUGCUGUACGUGGGCCGGGCCCAGAAGCGGCUGGAGCGCCAGAGCGAGCUCAAGAGGAAAUUUGAGCAGAUGAAGCAAGAGCGGGUCAACAGGUACCAGGGGGUCAACCUGUACGUGAAGAAUUUAGAUGAUGGGAUAGACGAUGAGAGGCUGAGGAAGGAGUUCUCUCCCUAUGGCACCAUCACCAGUGCCAAGGUGAUGACAGAGGGUGGCCGCAGCAAAGGGUUUGGGUUUGUAUGUUUUUCCUCCCCAGAAGAGGCUACCAAGGCUGUGACAGAAAUGAAUGGGAGGAUUGUCAGCACAAAGCCUCUCUACGUGGCACUGGCUCAGAGGAAAGAGGAGAGGAAAGCAAUCCUCACCAACCAGUACAUGCAGAGAUUGGCCACCAUGAGGGCCCUGCCUGGCCCUCUCCUGGGCUCUUUCCAGACUCCCCCAGGGUACUUCUUACCCCCCAUGCCUCAGCCACAAACCAGAGCUGCCUUCUAUGGCCCCAGCCCUGUUGUCCCAGUGCGCCCUGCCACUCGUUGGAGUGCGCAGCCCUCCCGGCCUCCCUUGUAUCCUGAAGCCACCCCCAUCCUGAGGGCUGCCGUGCCACCCCGGCGCCUGCUGUCCAACAUCAGCACCAUGAGACAAGCUUCCACACAGGUGCCCCGAGUGCCCCCCCAGGCCCAGAGAGUGGCCAACAUCGGGACACAGACAAUCAGCACCCGGGUGCCCUCAUCUGCCCUGCCACGGGGUGCCCAGCAGUACAAGUACUCCUCAUCUGCCAGGAACAUGCAGCCCAUGGGGCACAUGCCACCUGUGAUGGGAGAACCUGCUGUGCAUGUCCAGGGGCAGGAGCCACUGACAGCAUCCUUGCUUGCAGCAGCCCCUCCUCAGGAACAGAAGCAAAUGAUUGGUGAGCGCCUCUACCCUCUGAUCCAUGUGAUGCAUCCCUCACUGGCUGGCAAGAUCACAGGGAUGCUGCUGGAGAUCGACAACUCCGAGCUGCUGCUGCUCCUGGAGUCCCCAGACUCCCUGCGCUCCAAGAUCGAGGAAGCGGUCACUGUUCUCCAGGCACACCAGAGCACCGAGACACCCCACAAGGGCAGUGCUGGGGCGUUCCUGCAGUGA